AUAAAAUGUGCAGAGCUCCAACAUGAGGGAGAGACCUUGCAAUGGUCAGGGAAAGGGUCAGUGAUCUCCGUUCGAGAAAAAAAAUAGAGCAAUCCACAGGAUUAUCAGACAACACGAAAAUCACAGCAUUUCUGAUUACAUUACCAUCUUCAGGCUUUAGGUGAAACAGUUUGUAGAGUUUCAGCUAAGUGUGAGUCUUCGUGUCACCCCAGCUCUCAGCACAGAUCAGUGAUAAGUGAUGGCCAGUCUCAUUGGUGGAGUACAGUAUACAGCAGCUCAGUCUCCACAGCACGCGGAAGCCUGUAUAGUCAGCAGCUGUUACUGCACCCUCAGCAUUCUCCACACCGACACUGAGGGCAAUGGAUUCUGUCAUCUGGCAUCUCCUCAUCUUCAGAGCGAUUUCUCCAGGCUCGACUGUGAUGAGGACCAAUAUCAUUUCCAUGGAUUCUGCUGAGGUCCUGCUGCCCUGUUCCAACGUGAGUUUUCAACCGGUGGCUGUCAGUUGGUUUUGGAGAAAUUCUUCCUCAGAGAAUAAACACCUGAUAAGCCGGCUCGAUAACGCCAGCCUCCCUUGCCAAGGUAACACUGACAAGGUCACCUUCAACCGGGCUGACUGCUUUCAGUCGAGGGAUUUCUCAAUCCUGCUCACGCCGACCCUGCGGGAUGGUGGAUCCUAUUACUGCGAGGCCCGCGGGCAGGCCGAGAACGUGUAUAUUCGAGGGAUCGAGCUGCUCGUUUUUCGAGUGAAGGUGACUCCAGUGAACGCCCUGACCCCGGGAGAAACCGUGAGCUUCGCCACAGAACUAUCGGAGCCCAUCCAUACCCGCGACGUCAAGUGGGAUCCACGCUUGGCGCACGGCGUCACAAACCAGCUGGGGUUCCAGUGGACACGCGAUGGCGCUCCCAUCGUGAGGGGCAGCAGGUACAUGCUGAACUCGGGAACAUUCAACAUCAGCUGCUUCCAAAGGAGGGACUCCGGGGAGUAUACGCUAACCUUGACCCUGAACAACAGGACGGCCGCUACUUACAGCAAGUGGCUGGAGGUGGCAGGGUCUUUUCCCGAAAUCUCGCUCAUCUCUGGCAUCAGCCUGGCUGUUAUCGGGGUGCUGUGUUUAAUUGCCUCAGCGAUGAUCGUUUAUAAGAGGCCAACGGUUCGUCAACAAAACCAGCCUGGUAACUACGUCAAUAUUCCUGCUCGACACCAGCUCUCCAAUCAGGGUGACCCAGCGGUGAGCUCGAUUUACACGAUACUGAACGUGAAUGAUCGGUCACUGUACAGCCAGCUGCAGAGAUAAGCGGCGACUGAGUUCCGACUGAGACUGGUUUCCGAGAGCAAUGAGCGUUCCUCCCAUCGAGUGUCCAGCCCUCGUCCUCCCUUGCCAGAGGCACAAUCUCACCUGGGUCUGAAAGCCCUCUCCGGCCUGCUGUCGCACACUCUGCCAUCCUAAUGCAACAAUCUCUCUGCCAAAUCCAUGCCACGGGUCAAUCAACAUCCUGGUGCCCGCGUCUCCGGUUUGUCUCACCCUGUCCAAGACCCUUCACCCCGUCCUCUCCCCAUGGCCCGUCCUGAGUGGUGGUGCGAUACUGGGAUAUCCCCCUCCCCUCCUCUCCAGUCAGACAGGCUCCCAAUUUCCCAUUGUCACCCUCUUCGAAAGCCUCUGACAUAUCCGCACUCAUUGAAACGGAGCUGCCCUCCGAGAAAUCUGUACCUCAGUACCGCAAGGGCUCAGUAUCGUCCGAGGAGAUUUCAGUCCAAGAAUGAUGAUUGGGGAUUGGUUAACUCUCUUUCUCUCUGGACGGAUGUUCCCAGACCUAUUCGGAUCUGCCAGUAACUGCUGUGUUUGUUUCUUGACUUACCUGUUCAUGUCAACCCCAUCUCAACGCCCCAUUUUCCACAUCUAAAUCUUCAACGCAUCGGGACAGCGUUGUGACAUCUGUGAAUCUCGCCAAUUAAUACUUUAUCCCUUGUUAAUGCAGCUCAGAAACAUCAGUCACCACCAGCCCACUGUCUUUCAAUAACAUUCUGAGGAAAUAUCUCUCCUUUCAACAUAAAAUUGAGUACAGGAGUUGGGAAGUGGUGUUGCAGUUGUACAGGACGUUGGUGAGGCUGCACUUGGAGUAUUGGGUUCAGGUUUGGUCACCUUGCGACAGGAAGGAUGGUAUUAAACUGGAACGAGUGCAGAAGGAAAUUUACAAGGAUGUUGCCGGGAGUUAAAGGGUGAGGUCGGAGAGGACAUUCUAACUUUAGACUUUUGGAGACUGAGUGAGGGGGAAUCUUAUCGAAGUGUAGAAGAUCAUGAGGGGCAUGGAUCGGGUGAUCGCACUCAGUCUUUUCCC